UAAAGUGCAUAAGCCAAAAUUUUCAAUGUUUUCCGUUACGAAAAUUUGGUUUUUCUCCAAAAACCAAAUUUUCGUAAAUCAAGUCUGGAGUUAUGUAGCAGUCGCUCGUUUGAAAAUUUUAGAACAUAAGAUCCAAUUCUCGAAAUCGACCAAACUAUAUUGGAUCCGCCUUAAUGUACUCUCUGUUUGAUUCCUUUUUCAAUCCGAUCAACCGAUUGGUCGAUUUGUGGCUCAGGAUGGCUCGCUUUACAGUCGAUUUCGACAAUGGUUCGAAAAGUUUUGGAAAGAGACGGAUAGGACCAAAGAAAGUAUGUAAAACGCGCCGCUCGCUAGAUUCGUAAGUUUCCCGAAGAUUUCUAAAGAAUGCUCGGGAAAUGACGUACUUCCGCUAAGGUUGUAGGUCCGAGGUCAUUGGCCCUGAACUGAGGAUACACGCUGCAGUUCACUUUGAUCUCGGCAGUUAUCGCGAGUGGAAGUCAGUUGAUCGCGUUUAGAAUUCUUUUUAAAAAAACUUAGAGUUUUGAAACGGUAAUAUAAGUGGCGAAUAUUAAGAUUCCGAAGCUUAUUUCAUUUAUUUUUAUUUCCCAGCUAGUGCCAAUAUAGCUGGUAAGAAUAGGGCUAGAUUAACAGUGCGUGUUUUUAACUAAAAUCCAGGUAAAGUCGUGCUAAAUCUUGAACCAUUCACCGUGCGUGUGCUAACCAUUAUGCCGUAUGGCCAUACAUAGUUUCGCCCUACAAUCAGCUAACGAGGCCUUCCACUAUACGUCAACCGGAAUUGCCGAAGAUCAGCGGAAGAACCAACGGGACGCCAGCGACAGCCGCCACCCACGCUAUCGUUCACGCCACGGUUCAAACCAUCCGACCAACAUCCAAUUCUGCCAAGCUACCAGGGGAGCAGAAUCAGCCAGCAGCAUUUGUUCUGCCAGCCAUCCGUCUACGUCACACUCCAUCCCAGCUUACCAUCAAUCACCGAGAGCGAAUCGCCGCCGGUCGGCUACGUCAUCGUUCGAUCAGCCGAGAGCCGGAGUCCGCGGACUGCGAUACAUCGACCACGCUGUACUCUCUAUAUGGUGCAGCGUGGGGUUUUCUUAGCGUCCAUGAAAGACGCCACUGAAAUUUGCGCAUAUUAAAAAUCAUGAUUUUUCGGAUCCUGUAAAUUCAGGCCCAACAUUGAAUAUUAGGCUGUGUGGAGCAUAAAGUAUGCAUACGUAAUUUAUAGACGCCCACACAGCCCAUCUCUACCACUCGAGUGCCGGCAGCGUUACGCUUUUCUGCCGGACAAGAUAUGGCCCGUUAGCACCAACGGUUCAAGUUUUCGUUAAUCUAUUUUUGCACGCACUGGAAUAGGAGGAAAAUGCUAGAAUAAGAAGAAGAUAGUUCUAAUAAGAUGAUUAACGUACAUCACACGCUACGAAUAAUAACACAUGCAUUAUGAACGACACGAAUUUGAAAUUAUCCUACUAUUAAGAAUAAAAAUCCCCACAUCGAUGUAAUCACACUAAAACGUUUAAAUACAAUUCUUAAUGCCUCCUAAUAAAUGUUUUGGGUAGAAGAAUUUUGAUGUCUCGUCACUUUCGCGUAACGAAUUCCUUGCCCGACGCCACGUGCGUCUAUUUGAAUUGGGCUUUUCUGCUUCCACGACCGUUAGCGUGUUGGUUUAGAGUUUUCUGGGGCCCAAUGAUGAGUAACUCAGGUAUGAGUGACCUCUUACCGUGUAUUUGCUAGGGAUCUUGGGGUGAUUUGGGCAAUCUAAUGAGUGAGUCCAAGAUAUUUUCUUGAGUUUUACACCACAUUCAUUGUCAGCCUAUCUGAAUCGGUCCUUAUAACAUUUCUGACUAUCUUCGGGACCUGCCCAGAAGAGAGUCUCAGCCGGGCAAACAAACCGUGGUGUGUAGUCUCCGGAAACGGAGUGGCGCAAAAGCUAUACGCUUAAAGGGGAUCGACCAGAG